CUUUGACAUUUCAUUUCACUUGACAAAUACACCACUCAAUGUGGAGUUGUUCGUGUCUAACGCGAUAAGUGAAAAACGCAUGGUGUUUUGGACUCUUGAAAACUUACAAGUUGUUUGAAUCAAUUUCGAUCUGACUGGGAGGACAACAAAACAAAAUGCCUAAACUGUUUGUUCUGUACGAACACGCUGCUGGUUAUGGCUUAUUCAAAGUGACUGAAUUCGACGAAGUGUCGAUGUUACUGCCGCAACUACAAGAAUGUGUGACCGACCUGGCACGUUUUAAUUCAUUGGUGAAACUGGUCAGUUUUGCUCCAUUUAAGACUGCCAUCACCGCAUUGGAAAAUGCCAAUUCCAUAUCCGAAGGCAUUGUACCAGAAGAUUUGGCUGUAUUUCUGGACGGUGCCAUUUCAUCGAAAUCAAAAUGUGUGCUGGGUGUUGCCGAUCCAAAAUUGAGCAGCGCAUUGGGAGAACGGCUUGGCGUCAAGACAACUUAUUUGGGUGACGUUCCCGAAAUCAUUCGUGGCAUUAGAUUUCAUUUCCAUCAUUUGGUAAAAGGAUUCACAGCGACCAGUGCCGGUGUCGCUCAGUUGGGUUUGGGACACAGUUAUAGUCGUGCUAAAGUCAAAUUUAACGUGAAUCGUGUGGACAACAUGAUCAUCCAAUCGAUUGCAUUGCUGGACCAACUGGACAAAGACGUCAAUACGUUUUCGAUGCGCAUAAGAGAAUGGUAUUCGUACCAUUUCCCAGAGUUGGCCAAAAUUGUGACCGAAAACUACAAAUAUGCCAAAGUGGCACAGUACAUCAAAGAUCGAAAAUCAUUGACGGCCGACAGUGUGGAGCAAUUGGAAGAAAUUUUGAUGGAUUCACAGGCCGCUCAGGCUAUCAUUGAUGCAUCGAAAAUGUCAAUGGGUAUGGACAUAUCGCCCAUUGAUUUGAUAAACAUUGAAAUGUUUGCUACGCGCGUCGUCAAACUAUCCGAAUAUCGUAAGCGUUUGGCCACUUAUUUACACAAGAAAAUGGAGAGUGUGGCUCCGAAUUUGCAAGUUUUAAUCGGCGAUCAAGUGGGUGCAAGACUUAUUUCACACGCUGGUAGCUUGACAAAUCUGGCCAAGUAUCCAGCAUCGACCGUACAAAUUUUGGGAGCUGAGAAAGCUUUAUUCCGAGCAUUAAAAGCCCGUACAAACACACCGAAAUAUGGUCUCCUUUAUCACUCGUCGUUCAUUGGACGUGCUGGUAUGAAGAACAAGGGCCGCAUCUCUCGGUUUUUGGCAAACAAAUGUUCGAUUGCAUCGAGAAUCGAUUGCUUUUUGGAACAACCGACACACAUUUACGGUGAUUCGUUGAAACAACAAGUCGAAGAUCGCCUUAAAUUCUAUGAAUCUGGUGAAACACCGCGUAAGAACAUUGAAGUCAUGAAAGAAGCAAUGGAAUUGGUCGCUCAAGAGACUCCAGCCACUUCCGAGAAGAAGAAGAAAAAGAAGAAGCGUAAACUCGACGAAUCGCAAAAUGGAAGUGUUUUGAAUGAAACGAACGGUGACACGACCAUGGAGUUGAAUGGCACAACGGAGAAUGGAAAUGGAACCGAAAAUGGUGAAUCGAAGAAGAAAAAGAAGAAGAAGAAAAACAAAUCACAGGACGACUAAAUCGUCGAAUGCAUCGAUGAUUGACGUAAAUUUUACUUUACAUUAUUAUUAUGUAUGGCGGUGACCGACAUGUAAUGCUAUCAAACGAGCGUAGAAGAGUCACGUAUACUGAAUGAAUUAUUUUAACGUUUUUCAAAAGUUCAAUUUUGAUAACCAUUUAAGUUUCCAAUCAUUUUUAGAGGUCAAUAAAAUUCUCGACUAAAACAAA